AUGACCAUCCCACCCCGCCUCGUCACCGUCGCCGCCGCCCAGAUGGGCCCCAACCAGCUCGCCGACACCCGCGAGUCCAUCCUCACCCGCAUGCUCACCCUGCUCAACUCGGCCGCAGACCAGGGCGCCCGCCUCGUCGUUUUCCCCGAGCUGGCCCUGACCACCUUCUUCCCGCGCCACCAGAUCGACGACCCCAUCAAAAAGGCCGAGUUCUUCGAGCCCGAGUCCCACGCCUCGCCGCACGCCGUCGUCGACUCCCCACGAGUGAGGGCUCUGUUUGAGCGGGCGCGGGAGCGCAAGGUGGACGUGCAUCUUGGGUAUGCAGAACGGUGGACGGAUGAGAAGGGGGAGACCAGAGAUUACAACAGUGCGCUGUACUACUCCGGUGUGGAGGGGCGGGUCGUGGGCAAGUAUCGAAAGGUGCAUCUGCCGGGCACGGUGGACCCCAUCCCCGACAAGACGGGCCGUGGCGUCGACCAGCAGCUGGAGAAGAGGUACUUCACCCCUGGAGACCUCGGGUUUCAAGCCUUCCGCGCCCCAGGGCUUGCACAGCAGCAGGGCAGAGGCGAUCCCAUCGUGGGCAUGAUCAUCUGCAACGACCGGCGCUGGGCCGAGGCAUGGCGGUGUUACGGCCUGCAGGGUGUCGAGAUUGUGCUGGACGGGUACAACACGACGGCGUAUGCGAGGCAGUACGACGGGACGCCCGAGGAGCAGGAGGCUGAGGCGCUGUUUCACCACCGCCUGAGCUGUCAGAGCGGCAGCUACACGAACGCGUGCUUUAGUAUCAACGUGGGCAAGUGUGGUGUGGAAGAUGGAGGGGCGUUGAUCGCUGGGAGCAUCAUCUAUGACCCGGACGGACAUGUUGUGGCCGAGAGCACGAGCAAAGGGGACGAGCUGGUGGUGGCGACCAUCGAUCUGGCCAAGUGUAGGAAGGGCAAGGAGAGGGUGUUUGCGUUUGAUAGGCAUCGCAGGACGGAGCAUUACAAGAGGCUCGUGGAGCAGACUGGGGUGGUCGAGCCGCCAUUGUUGAGUGCAUGA